AAGCAGUUUUUGACAAUACUUUAGAAAAAAAUACCAACUAUAAGGGUUUUGCAUGUCCUCGCUUUUGAAACAAGAAUGGAUACAAACUGGAUAGAAUACAAGUGUAAGUCAGGACAGACUUUGUUUAUCUACAACAAGGUGACAGGGGAGCACAAGUGGCCGACUGGUGAGUGUUCAGCAGAAGAGAACUGUGUCAUGAUUGGUCAACCAGUUGUCUACAAAGAAGUCUGCUCCAUUGGUACACAGACAGAUAACAAUGGCUGUAAUAAUGGCUGUACUUCCAUCUACAUCAAUAUAGACCAUGUUAUCAACAGCACAGAAACAUCACCACUGCAAGAACCAGUUGUUUUAGAAGUAGCUAGAGAUGACAUAGAUAUUGAACCUGGUCUAGAUAAUGGAUUGGAUGAUGGAGGGAGAGAAGACAGAAGCAGAGACAUGGAAGAAAUUGAUGCAAUGCUAAGAAUUCUUGAAGAUGACAAUAGCUUUGAUGAAGACAGCAGUGCAGCACCAGAAUCUUCUUCCCAUAUUGAAAGUGAGACUGAGUUAACUAUAAAGAACUUACAUCAGGACAGAGUUGAAAAUGACACUCAAUGUUUGACCGAGUUUGCAAUUGAAAACACCCUAGAACGAAACACCAAGUCUGUUCAAAUGAGAUUCGAAUGCUCUUACUGCAAAAAGAAAUUUCUACAAAGAGGGGCUUUGCAUAUUCACCUGAGAACACACACUGGAGAGAAGCCCUUUGAAUGCUCUUACUGCAAAAAGAAAUUUGGACAAAAAGGAACUUUGAAUAUUCACCUGAGAACACACACUGGAGAAAAGCCCUUUGAAUGCUCUUACUGCAAAAAGAAAUUUGGACACAAAAUAAAUUUGAAUAUUCACCUGAGAACACACACUGGAGAGAAGCCCUUUGAAUGCUCUUACUGCAAAAAGAAAUUUGGACAAAAAGGAAAUUUGAAUAUUCACCUGAGAACACACACUGGAGAUAAGCCCUUUGAAUGCUCUUACUGCAAAAAGAAGUUUUCAGCAAAGCAAUCCUUGACAAAACACCAAAGGACACACACUGGAGAGAAGCCCUUUGAAUGCAAAAAAUGAAAUAUUUGCAAUUAAGGGCAAACUGAAAUAUCAUGUAGAUUUUUCACACUCAAUAAUAGUCGUUUGAAUAUUUGUACAUUUGUAAAACUAGUUUUUAGGUAUUUUUAGUGUUUUACGAGCUACUUUUAGCAAUUGGAAUGAGUUUAAUUUGAAAUAUCGCAAAGGCCUUGUGCCAACUUGAUUUUUUUCUUGUUGUUGUUGUUGUUGUUCUUUGUAGCUAUUUUUAUUCAACGACAAUUGUGUUGACAGACACCUUUUUAAGUCGUCAAAAAAGAACUGUUAAGUAUCAGUUGUUUUUUAGCGCAGCGAAAGUCUUUGCUUCAUUUGACUCGCUAAGAAAGAGUUUAUUGCAGUUAAAACGUCUUUCUGAAGUUUAAAGUGUUAAUUUGUUGAUAAAGUGUCAGGAGUUUAUGAGUUGUUUUUGAGUAAACGAGGGAGAAUGAGUAGCAGUUCACAUUUCAACAUAAGUAGAGGCAGAAGAAAUGGAUCUUAGUGUAAACUGAGAAAAAAUAAAAUAAAACAAAUAAUGAGAAAAUGUUUCCAUGUAGCAGUCUUUUCGUCGUUGUUAUCGCACUAGCAACUAAUUUCAACUGAGUCAUCAGGAACUACAAUGACAGAGAGUGUGCUAGCUCAGAAGAGAAAAUGAAAAUAUGAAUAUACAUGUACAAAAUGUGAUUGAUGCAGCUUUUCUUGCUACCUACAUGCAUGCCAUGGUUUGAAUUGGCCGGCCCCACAAUUAGGACCAGACAUGUCAACUGCACUACAUGGGUGGGGUCGGGUUUGAUUUGUUUUAUAGGGGUCAAAUUAGGAAUGAUAUUAGACUAUUUAGCUGCUGACUUUGGGUGUUUUUUUUCUUUUUUUCCUUUCCCUCCAUUUAUAUUAUAACUACAAACUCACCUGRGAAUCUUUUUUGUAAAUUUAAUAUAUCGUCGUGUACCGUGUACCAAGUACAUCAUAGGUUUCCGAACACACGGGUGCGAUUUUGAAAUGUUUUGACUAAAUACGAGAAAAAAAACCCCUCAACUUGGCGCGAAACAUUGUUUCUGUUCAAGUUGAGCAUCGGUGUUUCUCUUUUUUCACGAUGUAUUUUUGUUGCAUAACAAGUUGACGAUGCAUGAAAAACGAUAAACUUUGAUACUCAACUUUAACAGAAACAMUGUUGCGCGCCAAGUUCAAAGUUGGUUUUUGUAUCUCGUAUAUUUAGCCGUCUUAAGGGUUUUUGUUCUCCUCACUUGGUAAAAAAUUGAUCCGGGUAAGAUUUGAACCAGCGAACCCUAAACCACUAACUCUAUAAAACUAAGCGAAGCGCCAAGCCAGGGAGAUGAUUUUGCUUGGUUGCACUUUUCUUGGGAGGGGUAAAUCAAUUGAAUUCCUUAUAUACGAGUGGACUUUAUCUUUACGAAUCGAUCGAAUGGUAUCUAUUCGUGACCUCGGGAUGUUGUGGUCGUGGUGUGGAAAUGUCGUCAUUAAGACAGGGAUCCCAUCUGACCAGUUUUCGGCUCCGA